AUGAACGGCGACAGCGACCCCAAACGAAUUAUACGUAUCGAGGAGGGUCAGCAUUACCUCCUUGAGCCUGACGACGAGCUGCCCCUUAGAUUGCUCCGCAAUUUAGGUCAGGGUGGUUGCUCCAACGUGGAGGAGGUUGUGGACCUAAAUACCGGCAGGGUUUUCGCUCGCAAGGUGUUCAGAGUCCGCGGUUCUGCUGCUGAGAGGAGGCGAAUCUUUCAUAACGAGAUCCUAGUCAUCCAACGGCUAGCUCCACAUCAUCAUAUCACCCGGAUCUUUGCCACUUACGUAGGGAAGCGUGAAGUAGGCAUUUUGCUGACACCUGUCGCUGAUGGGGGUUCACUGGACAAAUUCCUCGACGAUGCUCAUGAGGGUCUCCUCACACAGAGUGAGAUGAACACCUUGGACUAUGCUUUCGGAUGCCUCGCUAGCGGAUUACAAUUCAUGCACGCCCAGAAGGUACGACACAAAGACAUCAAACCUCACAACAUUCUGGUACACAAGGGCUCUUUCAUAUAUACGGACUUUGGAUCCUCUCUCGACUACGGUGCAGAUACGCGGAGUGACACUACAGGCCACCCUGAUUCCAUCACCCGCAAGUAUGCGGCCCCGGAGGUACAUAAUUCUGAACCUCGCAAUCGGAAAUCGGACGUGUUCUCGCUCGGGUGUGUCUACUUCGAGAUUUUAUGCGCACUGGAACUAGAUCCUAUGAAGCCAGACAUGCAUCACUAUGCAGAUAACAUCAUUGAGGCCAUCGAACAUAUGGCUGGCAGAAUCUCCCCACAGAUUUGGCCAAGCGCCGUCAUUUAUUUGACAUGUCACAUGCUGAACCAUACCCCCAGCAACCGACCAUCUGCUGAAGAUGUUUUGAACGUGUUUUGGAAGGGUAGCCCGGAUUUGUUCUGCAACGGAUGCGUUCGUUCCGGACUGUUACAAGUACCCCAGGACGGCAAAGCAGCGUCGGCCUUAGCACCAGCCGCACCAACUCACGACAUGAUGCGGUUUUUGAUCUCACCCGAGACAUUUGACGAGACAGCACUAUCUGCACUGGCACCCUACAUUAUCAGAAAUCCUCGAUCUUCUGUACAAGGUGAACCUGUCGCCGAAUUAGCAUCGCCGGAUGGCGAGUCUGAACAUAGGAAAGCACCUAAGCCGCUUCCAAACCACGACCGUGACCGCGAGAAAGAAAGCUAUCACCUUGGACAAAUAUUCGGCGAGCCACAACCAGUAGAUGGGGGCUAG